AUGGGAAACCCAAAGGUAGUGGGUGUGGUCUUGGUGGUGAUGCUCUGCGUGGGCAUGUCCUCUGCCGCCAGGGUUUUAACUGGUUAUGCCGGUGCUGGCGGUGGUGGGGGCGGCGGAGGAGGAGGCGGUGGGUCGGGCAAUGGCUCCGGUUCUGGCUACGGCUCCGGAGGCGGUUCCGGGUACGGGGAAGGCAUCGGUGGGGGACGCGGUGGUGGCUAUGGAAGAGGGGGUGGCGGUGGGGGGGGACGAGGGGGAGGGGGAGGCUCCGGAAACGGCUACGGAAGUGGAUAUGGCUCCGGGUCCGGCUAUGGGGCCGGUGGAGCCAACGGCCGUGGAUAUGGGGCCGGUGGAGGCGGCGGUGGCGGCGGUGGCGGCAGUGGGCAAGGAGGCGGGAGCGGGUAUGGUUCUGGGUCGGGAGGGGGAACUGGGUACGGUGCUGGGGGUGACAACGGCGCAGGCUACGGAAGCGGCGGAGGAGGUGGCGGCGGCGGUGGAGGAGGCGGCGGAAGUGGGAACGGAAGUGGCUGGGGCUACGGGUCCGGCGGCGGUUCUGGCUAUGGCUCCGGUGCUGGAAACGGAGCUUAUGGAAGCGGUGGUGGAGGAGGCGGGGGAGGCGGUGGCGGUGGCGGAGGGGGGUCCGGCUCUGGUUCGGGCUACGGCUCUGGAUAUGGGUCUGGAUACGGCGGCGGAGCUGGGCGUCCAUGA